GGCUGCGCCAGCUUCCCUGCCCGUAGGGUAACCACGGCAACGGCUCAACAGGGAGAGGCGGUGACCGCCUGCAGCGAUGUUGACGACGGAGUAGGCAGGCGAGCGAGCCCCGGAAAGGGCCCGGAAAGCGCUCUCCGCCUGCCUCGUUGCAUCGGAUAGAGCUGUCCGGAAAACGGCGGCGGCGGCCCUGGGGAGGGGAAGACGGUGCUCGGCGGGAGCCUCCGCGUCCCCUGGGAGACGCCUUAGCUAGACUUGAUUUAAGGACAUGGUGACAGACUUUGAUGAGAAACAUGAUGAACAUAUAGUAUUACUUCAACAGAGAAACAGGCAAGGAUCCUCUACCUAAGCAUUCCUAUUUUUCCUUUCAUGAAGGCAAGGCAGUGAACUUGAUAUUGGAGUAUAAGAGCCAUGGAAGGUGGUAUGAAGCUGCUUUAGAAGGAAAAGCAGCUUGCAUGUGUAAACCUCAGUAAAAUAACAGGGUACGAAUCCAUGAUCAGAUAGAAAAGAUAUUGAGACAACUCAGAAGAAAAGACCCUAUGCAUAUCAGGUUGGAGCAGCUGGAACAAGGAUUUAUUUUGUAUGUUAAUGGAGCCAACUCAGAGAAAAAUAACUAUCGCAAGAAAGCUGGCGCUCUCAGCAUUUUCAGAAGUGGCACGCGCACAGCAAGAACAAAUUAUGCUCGUACAAGAGCCCUGUUAACAGGAGAAGACUCACAAGGCAGAAGCACACAGAGUGCGCCCAGUAAAAUCCAGCGCAGAGAAUGGUUCCAGAAAGCUGUGCAGAUCAAAACAGAAAGCGGAUCAAGGCUCUGCAUUGCUCCUCCUUCUGAGUACUCUGAUGACUUUGAAUCCGAUGAAAGUCUAAACUUGGAGCCUAGUGACUGUGAGCAGAAUGACACUUCGCAGAGCCUCCAGUCUCCUGAAAGUGCCAUCCCCAGUGACGACACUUUAUCGGAUGCAGAGGCGGAGCUAAGCGUAUGUGAUGAUGCUGAAAAAGAAAGAAUGCUUCUCAGCAUGGAUGACGUAAAGGAACUCCGGCGGAGCUUGGAGUUCAGUGUGAGUCAGAGAAGGAUAGAGGAGGAAAGCUCUGAUGGGGAGGACUCUGACACUGUCGAAGAGGAUGUCCCUGCAGAGCACUCUGAGAUGGAAGAGCCCCUGGAACCUGCCAGAGAGCGCACCGAGCCAUUCCUUAGGGAUGCGGUCGCCUCUCCACCAGUGGAAGGAUGCUGCAGUCGGUCUGCUGGGUCUCUUGUCGUGCUGGAAUUCAAGCCAAACUGCCCAAGUGUGAAGAAGGAGCGGAUUCUCUCUGCAAGAAGGAAAGGCAAUGCUGAAACAUUCAUCCCUACCAAGCCUGUGAUGGUGAAAAGCCCAGUAGGAAGGCCCAUCUCUGCAGGGUCACUGCACCAGGAGGAUCAGGAAAGAGCCUCCUCUAGGCCAAUCAGCCGAUCAGAAAGGCCGCUCUCGGCAACUCGAAAGAACGUGUGUGAGAAGAAGGACCCUGAGCGCUCUGCUUCCAUUGUCCUGAAAGCCAUGCAAGCAGAAAACGAGACCCUCCAGAAGGAGAUUCUCUGGAGACAGCUGGAGGCCUCUGCUGGCUCCCACAGCACUGAGCUGGAGCAAGCAGCCUCUGCAGAGCUGCCAUUGUUGUCGCUGUCAGCUUCUGCAACAGCUGAACCUUCCAGAAAGCAGCAGGAGGGAACAGGCCCAGCCGCUGCAGCCAUUGAAAGGAUUGGCCUUCUGGGAAACAGGCAACAGAAGAAGCUCUUGAAAGUGCUGCAAGCAAUUGAGAGCCAGUCUGCCUGCCGGGGCCCUAGAACUUUGGAACAGCCAGAGGCUCCCAUUCUGGGCCAGCUGGAAUUCAAGCGAUACGUUCGAGAUGCCAUUUAUAUCACCAUGGAGAUCCUCUCCAACUGGGGACACGCCACGAGGGUGGGCCUGAAUGAAGUGGAGUUCUUUGACCUGCACCAUGGGAAAGUGUUUGUGUCUCCUCACGAUGUGGACAUCAGACACGCCGACUCACCGGGAGACCUGCGCUGCUUGGUCAACAGGACCCUGACUGUCAGCAAGAGCCAUUGCCCCUGGACAUGCUCCUUCCAGCCUCCGGUGCAGCUGUACUUUGUGGUCCGAAAUCCCAGCCUGUCAGAUGACUUUGGUCUCUCCCGGAUCAGGAUCUGGAAUUACGACACGCCUGUCCUUGGAGAUCUUGACCUAGGAGCCCGAAACAUCAUUGUCUAUGUUGACGGGAAUCUUGUCUUUGCUGGUGAGCUGCAGAAAGGCUGUGGCAGUGCUGGUACUGAUGGCAGCAGCUGCAUUGUCAUUGACCUCCAGGAGAGCAGCUCCCUUCCUCCAAAGGGAACGGGCUGGCCCCCUGUGGACCAGAUCCAGGAGCCAAGCAGGGGGCCAUUAGAUUGGAAACCUUCCCCAGAAGAUAGCUGCCCGGAGGAAAAGGCCAGCAAAGUCAGUCUCAUCCAGGUAGAAGAAGGUCUCCAAGCAACAUCGAACUGUGUUUCAACGGAAAUUUCUCAGAGCACCCUCCCAGUGGAGGCUGCAGAGUUUGUCCAGCCUGAAGAUGAAUGUUCUCUGAAUGAGCAAAUGGAAAAACUCUCUGGCAGAAAACUGUCUCAGUUGCCCAGUUUAACUCCCCCCUGGAUUCUGCCCCCUCCCUGUGCAAAGGAAAAGAGUAAGAUCACCUCUGUGAAGCACAAGCCGCCCCCAUGGCUUGGAUCCGAGACCUCUUCAGAGCUGAGAGCUGAGAGCUUUGGGAGAGACUCUCUGGGAGGAGCUGGUGGGAGCCCCCGUCUCCCACUCACUGACCUCGAGAGAUCCAGCAGUGCAGAUGAGAAACUGUCUCCAGGAGCAAGGAAGGAGCCCGCCACCAAUUUAGACUUCUUAACUCCCCUGUCUGACAACUACAGUUGCACUCCUGAGCAUCUGUCCCUUGGGAGAAGUAUUGGAAGCAGACCAAAAGAAGAGUUUGGCAGUGUCUCUUUCGAGGAAGAAACUCCACUUGACAAAGACAAGGCUCCUCCCACCAAGGCCACAAGGCCCUCCCGUGCCAAGUGGGGCAGUUCUCAGGAGCACGCCCUGCAGGAGUCCUGGAAUUCUCUCCUGAAGUUCAACCAUUCGCACCGUGGCCGCAUCUCCAACCUGGAGUUCCAAGGUGACAUCUUUGACGAGUUUCUCCAUCAGCAGAAGAUCAGCCGGCAAGGGGAUCAGCCACUCAGGGCAAAGGAUGGGGCGCAAGCACUACCCAGGCGCCAGGAGGGCGAGACUAGCCUGGAGAUAGAGGAUGGGAGUGACUUCAAGAUCCCUGUCUUGCCUUAUGGACAGCACUUGAAAAUCAACCUCUGGUCCACGUGGGGCGACAGGCACUAUGUGGGUCUGAACGGAAUUGAAAUCUUUAGCUCCAAUGGAGAGCCUGUGGAGAUUGCCAGGAUCCAAGCCGACCCACCGGAUAUCAACAUCUUGUCUGCCUAUGGCAAAGACCCCCGAGUGGUGGCCAACUUGCUGGAUGGGGUGAACAGGACGCAGGAUGACAUGCACCUCUGGCUGGCUCCCUUCACCCCUGGGAAGGCCCACUGCAUCUCGCUGGACUUUGUGAAGCCCUGCGAGGUGGCCAUGAUCCGGGUGUGGAACUAUAACAAGUCUCGCAUCCACUCCUUCCGGGGCGUGAAGGACCUCUCCAUGCUUCUGGACGAGCAGUGCAUCUUCCGAGGGGAGAUUGCCAAGGCUUCGGGGACCCUUGCAGGAGCUCCAGAGCAGUUUGGAGACAUCAUUUUGUUCACGACGGACGAUGAUAUUCUGGAGGCCAUCUUCUGUUACGACGAGUCCUACGAUGAGGACGUAGAAAGCGUGUGCAGCCUGAGGCAUGAGGAAGAGCUGAAGAGGCCGAGGACCGCAGAUGGGGAGGGGGACGAGAGGCCCUUCACACAAGCUGGUUCCAGGGUGGAAGAGAAGCAGAUGCAGGAACAAGCAACUGGGCCGGAUUCUGUCCCUGAGAGGGUGACCAAGGAGCCCGGCAUCUAUACUGGAAAGUGCCUUCUGCUGAACUUCACUACUUCCUGGGGAGACGCACAUUAUCUUGGGCUGACGGGGCUUGAAGUGGUUGGAAAAGAUGGCCAGCCAAUUCUGUUCUCUGUGGACCAGCUCUCGGCCUCUCCUCGUGAUCUGAAUGACCUGGUGGAAUACACGGAUGAUUCCAGGACAUUGGAUAAAUUAAUCGAUGGGACCAACAUCACGAUGGAAGAUGAGCACAUGUGGCUCAUUCCCUUCAGCCCUGGAGAAGAUCACAUCGUCACCAUCCAUUUCACUCAAGCAGAAACCAUUGCAGGCCUUCGUAUCUGGAACUAUAAUAAAUCUCCAGAGGACACGUACCGAGGGGCAAAGGUGGUUCACCUCUCGCUGGAUGGCUGCUGCAUCUCACCCCCUGGAGGCUUCCUCAUCCGCAAGGGGCCCGGCAACUGUCACUUUGACUUUGCACAAGAAAUCCUCUUUGUGGACUACCUGAAGGACCCAGCAGUGGCACGAGCACCAGAGCGAACGAAAGCAAAGAAGACUGAACAAGCUAGCAUGGACUACGAAGCACCAUUAAUGCCCUGCGGCUUCAUCUUCCAGUUCCAGCUUCUAACAAGUUGGGGUGAUCCGUACUACAUCGGUUUGAAUGGACUGGAGCUGUAUAAUGACCACGGAGAGAAGAUUUUUCUCAAUGAGAAUAGCUGCGCACCAGACAUUGCUGCUUUCCCAGACAGCGUCAACAUCUUAGAGGGUGGCCGUGGCGAUAUCCGAACGCCAGACAAGCUAAUUGAUGCAGUGAACGACACCCAUGACGGGAGGCACAUGUGGCUCGCCCCAAUUCUUCCUGGCUUGGUGAAUCGAGUGUAUGUGAUCUUUGACCUGCCCACUACAGUCUCCAUGAUCAAGCUGUGGAAUUACACAAAAACUCCCCAAAGAGGAGUCAAAGAAUUUGGACUCCUCGUUGAUGACCUGCUUGUGUACAAUGGCAUUCUGGACAUGGUGACCCACCUCGUCCAAGGCAUCCUUCCGACCUGUGAGCCUUCAGUCCCCUAUCACACCAUUCUCUUCACAGACGAUGAAAAGGUUUGCCGACAAGAGAGGAACACCAUUAUCAGCAACCACAUCGAAGAUCAGGACGUACGGAUGAUGAACGAGAACCAGAUCAUUUCCUAUUCCAAGAAGAAACAGGUGCCUGCUGACCCAGCGCUUCGUCCCAAGACGUGCAUUCGGGAGAAGGCACUGUUGCGGCGGAUGAGGCAGUGAUAGGAGGCGGUGGCAGCGGCAGCCACCGGCUCCUUCUCUUGCAGGUAGCCCAGCCUUCAGCCACAGGCUACCUGAGCAACCAGCAGAUUUCCCAAGAGGCUUGAGGGUAACUCUUUGGGCCUCCUGCAUACAGAAGCCCCUUUUCUCAGUUGCAGAUCUAUUAAAUCUAUUCACAGGA